AUGGCGGCUCCCUUGCAUCCUGCCGUUUGGGCAUCCAUUUGGCUGGCUGCUAUACCAUUCAUCUUCUAUUUCGCCCUCAUCGGAUUGGGCGUGAUUCCCUUCUUCCAGCGGCACUUCUUAUAUGCGCACUCCAUCAAUUCGCUAUGGUGGUCGGAUAUCAAUUCCCCCAUGGCUUGGGGCUUUGCCAAGAAUCAAGUCACUCCCUUCGCCCUGCAAACUUCAGACGGCGAGACAAUCUACGCGUGGCACAUUCUGCCGCUGCCUCUGUAUCUGCAGCACGAAACCACAGUGGCAACACAGGACGUGGGAUUCUGCAACGACUUUACACAGACCGAGUCAUUUCGAUUGCUUUCCAGCGAUCCGGAGGCCAGAUUCAUCAUCUCAUUCCACGGUAACGCAGGCCACAUCGCCCAAAACACUCGACCAGACAGCUACCAUGCCUUGACCGACACGUCAUCGUACCACGUUAUAGCCAUUGACUACCGCGGCUUCGGCCAUUCCACCGGCACGCCCAACGAAAGGGGCCUGAUCCUAGAUGCCGCCGCCGUGGUCGAUUGGGCAAUCAAUGUGGCGAGAAUCCCCUCGAAUCGAAUUGUGCUACUCGGCCACAGCCUUGGAACCGCCGUUGCCAGCGGCGUCGCCGAGCGUUACACCCUCCAAGGGGUUGAUUUCGCAGGCAUCGUGCUCGUCGCCGCGUUCAGCGACCUGGCCACGAUGCUCAGCGGCUAUCGUUUCGGAGGACUCGUGCCCGCCCUUGGGCCGUUUGCCUUCUGGCCCUUUUUUCAGCGUGUCCUCGAUAGAGUCCUCGUGGACAAGUGGCACUCGGCUAAUAGGCUUGCUAGUAUCGUCCGUCAUUCUAGGAGCAGGCUGCGAAUCAGCUUGGUACACGCAAAGAAUGACAGGGACAUUCCCUGGAAAGAAGACAACAAGUUGUUCCGGGCUGCUGCAGGAGAAGCCAUUGGUAUACUGGAUGAUGAGGAGUUCGAUGCUUGGAAGGAGGCGCGGACAGUCCGGACGAGCAACGAUUCGUUCGUCACUACGUGGAAAACAGGCGAGGACACUAUCAUCCGUCAAGAGUUGUUUCCCUAUGGCGGACACAAUGACAUUUUGGGCUUUGCGCCGGUCACAUUGGCCAUCAUGAGGGCGUUUGAGCUUGAAGGCACAACCUACGACUAA